CUCAAGUAUCCGCGGGCGUGGGGUGCUGGUGAACUGACCGGAACACGCCAAAAGCCAGCGUCUCCUCUAGGGGAAGGGGGCGGAUCGUCAGCUCGGCGGCGGGCGAACGCGAGGGUCGACAAGACUGGUUUGAGGAGGAUCACCGUCUGCACUACACCCGAGGCAAGAUGGAUCGGCAGCUUUAUCCGCCACGCCAGCUCUAUCCGCCACGGCAGGGCUACAGCAGCGGGGCAGAGAACGCAGAGAGCGCGAUGCCCAUGGGGCAUAUGGACGCCGUGAGCCAGCGAUAUGACGAGGAUGGUGCCAACAGCAGCUUCAACGGCCGCAAGGCCACUGAUGCGCGAGCUCAACUGGGACCUGAUAAGCCUGCACCGGCGCGGGACCGGUACAACCCGAUGAACAACCUGCGCUCGAUCGAUGGCAUGGAUCGGCGCCAAAUGCUCAUCCCCCCGGUUAUUUGCACGCUCGUCACUUGGAGCUUGAUUUACUAUCAAUGGCACCUCUUCCACUAUGAGCGCCUGAUUGACAUGAGUGAUGAGACCUUGGUCCUGCGGUAUCAUUGGUGCCUGGUGGCCAGCUUUUUUGUCUUUUUGCAGCAAAUUGCCAUUUGGCGAGCCCAUCUCACCGAGCCAGCCCGCUUGCCAAGCCCGGAUCAGCUCUUAUAUAACGGCCGGCCGCUGUCCGAAUUGCCGCCCCCUGAUAGCCCGGGUGCGCCGCCACACCUCACGCGCUGUGAUCGCAUCAACGCGUUCAAUUACAAGUACUUUUAUCACGUGUGCCUCUACAGUUUCACGUGCACGGCAACCUGCUUGCUGGUGAUGGCCUAUUCAGGCAUUUUAACUUGCUUGGUGGGCCAAAACCUGGCUUUUAUCUGGCACCUCUUUUUCGAAUCGGACGUGCCUCUUGUGCAGUCUUGGGUGGCGCGCGCGCAUCGCGAGCUUGGUUUCCUGGAACUGUUUUAUCACACCUUGAACAUUGUAUUUAUGACGCUCACGGCCAUGGGCACGGGAUUCAUGUCGACGGUCCACUCGCUCAUGAUCUACCGUGGAACCAACACGUUGGCUGUCAUGAAGCAAAUGGAUGCGACCAAUGAUCGGGACACAACGUGUCGGCAGCUGUUUCACGGACAAGCGCGUCCACCGCCGGGCUCUAGCGCAAAUGCCUCGGCGUAUGCGCGCAUCUCUGCCGUCAUGGGACGCCACUUUUACCUGUGGUGGCUGCCGCACUUACUGCAAAGCGACAAACGACGCAUGUUUGCCAUGGCCCUGUGGCCCUUGGAGCUGCGGCCCGAGAGCCAUCGCGCCGUGUAAAUUGGGAAUCGGCAAUUGCCAUGGGAUUUCCCGGGCACCUUGUAGGCUCAAUCAGCAAUUGAAGUCAUAGGGUCA